AUGAUGAGGGGGAGGGGGAGGGUGGUGGUGGUGGUGGUCAGAGAGCGGCCAUGUAUUCCACUCCGCUUCUUCUCUUCCUUAGCGCUGCUAGCAGGGCCGUCGUCACCGUCGCGACGCUCCUCAGGCGGCGGCUAUUAUGAUGCGCCUACCACCAACUGCAAUGCAUCCUCAGCAGCAGCUGAAAAUGCUAAAGUGAUCGAUAACUUCAUUGACCACUGCUACCGAGGGGACCUCCCCAGGGCAAUGAAAGCAUUGGACACUAUGCAACAGCGCAACAUCUUUGCCCACUCCCUUGCUUACUCCCACCUCAUCAGUUGCUGCGCGGCUCGCCGUGCUAUCGAACAUGGGAGAAGCAUCCACCGUCACGUCUUCUCCCCGGGAUAUCGGCCCAAAACGUUUCUUCUCAACCAUCUCCUUAACAUGUACGUCAAAUUCAGGCUGCUUCCCGAAGCUCAAGCCUUGUUCGACCAAAUGCCUCGCAGAAAUGUCAUCUCCUGGACAACCAUGAUUUCCGCUUAUGCUGCUGCAUCCUCCCCGCCCCUCCAACGCAGGGCCUUGGACCUCUUGAUUCUGAUGCUCAGAGAUGGGGUCUGCCCCAACAUGUUUACUUUCUCUUCGGUUUUGAGGGCCUGCCAUGAAUUACAGCUUCUUACUCAGAUUCACUGUAGCAUUAUUAAGGUUGGUCUGGAAUCUGAUGUCUACGUAAGAAGCGCUCUGAUUGAUGUUUAUUCCAGGUGGGGUGAAAUGAGUUCUGCCCUUUGCGUGUUUGGCGAGAUGGUAACCCGUGACCAGGUCGUUUGGAAUUCCAUCAUUGGGGGCUUCGCGCAGAAUAGUGAUGGUGAUCCAGCACUACAUCUUUAUAUAAGAAUGAAGAGAGCUGGCUUUCAGGCUGAUCAGUCGACACUGACUAGUGUUCUGAGAGCUUGCACUAGCUUAGCUCUCCUGGAAUUAGGGAGACAACUUCAUGUUCACGUGCUCAAGUAUGAUCAGGACUUGAUCCUGAACAAUGCACUCCUCGACAUGUAUUGCAAGUGUGGCAGUUUCAAGGACUCGGAUUCUAUUUUCAGUCGGAUGGUGGAUAAGGACGUGAUUUCAUGGAGCACCAUGAUCAUGGGCUUGGCGCAGAAUGGUUUUAGCAGGAGAGCUCUGGAAUUAUUCAAGGCAAUGGCGGUCUCAAAGAUCAAACCAAAUCACAUUACCAUUUUGGGAGUUCUGUUUGCUUGUAGCCAUGCCGGAUUGGUAGAUGAUGGACGCUACUACUUCCGUUCCAUGAAGAAGCUAUAUGGGAUUGAUCCAGGAAGAGAGCAUUAUGGUUGCAUGGUUGAUCUUCUUGGGAGAGCUGGGAGGCUUGACGAAGCCGUGGAACUGAUUCACAAAAUGGAAUGUGAACCGGAUGCUGUGACAUGGAGAGCAUUGCUCGGUGCUUGCAGAGUUCAUCGUAACAUGGACCUGGCUGCCUAUGCUGCCAAACAAAUAAUUAAGCAUGACCCAGAUGAUGCAGGAACUUAUAUAUUACUGUCUAAUAUUUAUGCGAAUUCUCAGAGAUGGGAUGAGAUAACAGAAGUUAGGAAUGCUAUGAGGCAUAAAGGAGUCAAGAAAGAACCAGGAUGUAGCUGGAUUGAAGUAAAUAAAUGUGUGCACGCUUUCAUAUUGGGAGACAAAUCCCACCCACAGAUUAUCGCUAUUAGGAGGGAGUUGAAACAGAUAAUCCACAGGUUAAAAGAGAUGGGUUAUGUUCCGGAUGCAAAUUUUGUCUUGCAAGAUCUCGAGGAGGAGCAGAUGGAAGACUCGCUCCUCUACCACAGCGAAAAACUGGCUAUGGCAUUUGGAAUUAUGGCCUUGUCCAGCGGGAAGACCAUUAGGAUCAGGAAAAACCUGAGGAUCUGCGGGGACUGCCAUGAUUUUGCAAAACUUUUGGCAAAAAUGGAGAGUCGAAGCAUCGUUAUCAGAGAUCCAAUUCGCUACCAUCAUUUCGAGGAUGGACAUUGCUCUUGCGGGGAUUAUUGGUAGCUCAGUAUG